CAAACAGUAACUCUGUCCCAACCGCCACGAAUCCGUUUCGGACUCGAACCCCGCAUCGCGCGCACUAGGACUCCCGCCUCGGCGCUCUAUAAAUCGAGCGAGGGGACGAAUUGGACGCGAUCCAUCCGCCGCCACGGCUUUUUCAUCCCCUGUCUCCUCCCUCCCGUCCACCUCUCCAGCCCUAGGGUUUUCGCGCUCUCGUGAUCUCCUCCGCCGCCGCCGCACCACCAGCCGUAGGGUUUGGGGCGCUCUCGUCCUCCGCCUCCGCCUCCUCUCCGCCGCCACCACCAGCCCUAGGGUUUGGGGCGAUCUCGUGCUCCGCCUCCGCUCUGCUCUGCUCCGCCGCCACCACCAGCCCUAGGGUUUGUGCUCUCUCGCGCCCCCCACCCGCGCGCCGCCGCCAUGGCCGCCGCGCGGAAUCCGCUGCGGCGGUGGAAGCCCUUCCUCGCCGCGUUCGCCUCCGUCGACGGCGCCAUCGAGGCCGCCGACCCGGGGGGCCUCUCCCGCGACGAGUUCCGCCGCGCGAGGGGACGCAUCGUGGAGAUGCUGCGCGGCGCCGAGGGGGAGGCGGAGGCGGAGGGGCUCUGCUUGGUGCUCGACGACGUGAUGGCGGAGUCCCUCCUGACGCUGCGGCUGGUGCCCGUGACGGCGAGGACGCUGGCCACCACCGACCUCGCCGGGAUCGUCGGGGCGUUGAGGAGGCACGAGUCGGAGCGGAUCCGCGGCCUCGCCACCGACAUCGUCCGCGGGUGGAGGGUGGCCGUCAGGCGCGAGCUUGUCAGGAUCGGGAUCGCGAUGGAGAAGCUGUCCCAGACACCGGAGCGGAUCGAGGCCGAUCGGCGUGUGCGUGCCUCAUCUGAUCUCGACACGAAGGUGAAGCACGCAACACCGACGUCGCUGCCCAAGCGGAUCGUGAUCGAGGCCGAUCAGCGUGUGCGUGCCUCCCCUGAUCUCGACAUGAAGGUGAAGCACGCAUCACCGGCGCCGCCGUUCAAGAAGAAGGCUACCGCCGAUUGCAGCAGCCGCGUCGAUCUGGCGAAGACAUCACAGCCAUCGCUGACCAAGACGAGUGCUCCUCCAGUUGUUGCUGGCGCUCGAGUGAAGGCGCCCGACAUGGGCUCAGCGACAAAGGCGAAUCCGCCGAAGAAGCUGCCGGCUGUCACUGGCCGCGCCGGCGGCCGCCGCGAUGGUAUCAAGCCCUACCACAUUGACGGCGAGAAGCUGACGGUUGCUGCAAAGCGGCUUGAUGUCUACCAAGAGGCAGAGGAGGCGCAGAAGCGGCACAAGAGCGCCGACAUGGGCGCAGCAGCGAAGCCAAAGGAUCCAGCGCUUCCGCCGAAGAAGUCGCCGGCCGUCGUUGCCUGCGCCGGCCGCCGCGAGAGCAUCGAGCUCCGCAACGACGACGAGAAGAUCGCCGCUGCAAAGUGGAAGCUCCAUGAAGGCUACCGAGAAGCAGAGGAGGCGAAGAAGCGGCGCAAGAUGGCCGACAUGGGCGCAGCUGCAAAGCCAAAGGAGCCAGCGCUUCCACCGAAGAAGUUGCCGGCCGUCGUUGCCAGCGCCGGCCGCCGCGAGGGCAUCGAGCUCCGCAACGACGACGAAGAGAAGAUCGCCGCUGCAAAGCGGAAGCUCCAUGAAGGCUACCGAGAAGCAGAGGAGGCGAAGAAGAGGCGCAAGAUGGCCGACAUGGGCGCAGCUGCAAAGCCAAAGGAACCAGCGCUUCCGCCGAAGAAGUCGCCGGCCGUCGUUGCCAGCGCCGGCCGCCGCGAGGGCAUCGAGCUCCGCAACGAAGACGAGAAGAUCGCCGCUGCAAAGCGGAAGCUCCGUGAAGGCUACCAAGAAGCAGAGGAGGCGAAGAAGCGGCGCAAGAUCCAUGUCAUCGAGGACCCAGAGAUUCUGAAGCAGAGGCAGAAAAAGAUGCAUCCGAUCCUGAGUCUGCGGAGCCGAGCAAGCCACGUAUCCUCUAUGGCCGAGAAGAGCUCACUCAUGUCGUCCCUUGGGAGGCUUUAGGCCUAGAAUAAUUUACCUCUGUAAAUUAACUGUGCAUCCGAAGAUCCAUUAGCUUAUUUGCCUCACCUCUGCAACUCUCUGUAGAUCUUCCCCUGUAUAUAAACACCAAGCUUCCGUAUGUCUGUAUGGCUCAAUCAGUCAAACCAAUUCUUGGUACUAGUUAAUGUAACUAUCUAUGUAAGUAAGAGUAUAUCAGUGAAAUAAAUGGAUCAAUCUUGUGAUCCUCUUCAAGUUUC